AUGCCAAAGAAAUCAUCAAAAUCCUCCGAAGACACAGAUUACACAGAACCAUCAUCCCGAAAAUCCAACACUAAAUCGAAAGGCAUUCAAAAACAACACAAAAUGAAAAAAGCUGUCAAAUCCCUUGUUGAAACCUUCCAUGCCAAAACUCAAUCCGAAUGGCGAGAAUGGCUCACCACUCAUUCCCAAACCAAAAACAACAUUUGGCUUCUCUUUUACAAAAAAGAUUCAGGCACGCCAUGCAUCACUUACGAACAAGCGUUGGAUGAAGCCCUCUGCUUUGGUUGGAUCGACAGUACAGUUCGAAAGGUGGAUGAACAGUGUCGAAUGCAAUACUUUUCGAAACGACGUGGCUCCCAAAGCAAAUGGAGUAACAAGAAUAAGAAUCGUGUCGCAGAACUCAUUCGAGAAGGAAAAAUGACUCCGCACGGGUUGGCAGCCAUCGAAUUGGCCAAAGAAAAUGGCAUGUGGGAUUUACAUACAGAUGCACAUAAUUUAGUGUGUCCACAAGAUUUACUGGAUGCAUUCGAAGAAGAGGGUGAAAAUGCAAAAUCGAAUUUUGAAGCAUUUCCACCGUAUGUGAGAAGAGGAAUUUUGAGUUGGCUUUGUGAAGCGAAACGGCAAGAAACGAGAGAGAAGAGAAUUCGAGAAAUUGCUGAAAAAGCAGAACGAAAUGAACGAGCGAAAUUGUAA